UCCAACCAUUCACCUUAUAAAAACACACUCCUACAUACUCCACCAAAAAUCACCGAACUCCGCCUUCCUUCUCAGUUAAACUUUCUUCCAUCAAAUGGGUUCCUUAGAAGUACUCCAAACCCAACAGCCCGACCCAGAAAAAUCCAAACCCGACAUCAACGACGACGAUAUCUCACCCAUAGAAGAGGUCCGUUUAACCGUCACCAACACCGACGACCCGACCCUACCCGUAUGGACAUUCCGGAUGUGGUUUUUAGGCUUACUUUCUUGUUGUUUGCUCUCAUUUCUUAACCAAUUCUUCUCAUACAGAACUGAACCCCUUAUUAUAACCCAAAUCACAGUCCAAGUUGCCACCUUACCCAUCGGCCAUUUCUUAGCCCAUGUCCUCCCUCGGACCCAGUUCCGGAUCGUCGGGUUCGGGUCCCAGAGAUUCUCCCUGAAUCCGGGCCCGUUUAAUGUAAAGGAGCAUGUUUUAAUCACCAUAUUUGCGAAUGCUGGAAGUGCAUUUGGAAAUGGGGCAGCUUAUGCAGUUGGGAUAGUGAAUAUUAUAAAGGCAUUUUAUAAAAGGAACAUCUCAUUCUUUGCUGCUUGGAUCCUCAUUAUUACCACUCAGGUAUUAGGAUAUGGCUGGGCAGGUUUGAUGAGAAAAUAUGUGGUGGAGCCUGCACAUAUGUGGUGGCCCAACACUCUUGUACAAGUUUCCCUCUUCAGGGCCUUGCAUGAGAAAGAUGACAAAGAAGAAAGACGCACAUCACGGGCAAAGUUCUUCUUAAUUGCAUUAACGUGCAGCUUUUUGUGGUAUGCAGUCCCCGGUUACUUGUUCUCAACUCUCACAAGUGUAUCAUGGGUCUGCUGGGUAUUUUCAAGAUCAGUGACAGCCCAACAAUUAGGCUCAGGAAUGAGAGGCCUUGGUCUAGGAGCCAUAACACUAGACUGGUCCGCUGUAGCAUCCUUUUUACUGAGCCCCCUCAUAACCCCAUUCUUCGCGAUUGCAAAUGUGUGUGUAGGUUAUGUUCUGAUAAUAUACAUUUUCAUUCCCAUAGCAUACUGGGGACUGGACUUGUAUAACGCUCGUAGGUUCCCAAUUUUCUCCUCGCAUUUAUUCACAGCUCAAGGUCAAAUCUAUAACAUUUCAGCAAUAGUAAACGACAAGUUUGAACUAGAUCUAGCACAAUAUGCGAAACAGGGGCAGAUUCAUAUGAGCACUUUUUUUGCUCUUACUUACGGCUUUGGAUUUGCCACCAUUGCGUCCACUCUAACUCAUGUUGGCUUCUUCUAUGGAAGGGAGAUCUAUGAAAGGUACCGUGCAUCAUACAAAAGCAAGGAUGACAUUCAUACCAAACUGAUGAAGAAGUACAAAGACAUACCAUCAUGGUGGUUCUACCUCCUUCUUGGGUUGACUAUAACAAUUUCUUUUCUGCUUUGUAUCUUCAUGAAAGACCAAGUUCAGAUUCCUUGGUGGGCUCUCCUCUUUGCUUGUGGCAUGGCCUUUGUUUUCACUCUUCCCAUCAGCAUCAUAUCUGCCACAACAAAUGUGACACCGGGACUGAAUAUAAUAACAGAGUAUGUAAUGGGGCUCAUAUUACCAGGAAAACCAAUUGCCAACGUCUGCUUCAAAGUAUAUGGUUACAUGAGCAUGGCACAAGCUGUUUCAUUCCUCAGUGAUUUCAAGCUUGGGCAUUACAUGAAGAUCCCACCAAGAUCAAUGUUUUUGGUUCAGUUCAUAGGAACUAUUUUUGCAGGUACAAUUAAUGUUGCGGUAGCAUUUUGGUUGCUCGACUCAAUUCACAACAUAUGUGAGGAUAAUCUGCUUCCAGCUGACAGUCCAUGGACUUGUCCUGGUGACCGUGUAUUUUUUGAUGCAUCUGUCAUAUGGGGCUUGGUUGGUCCAAAAAGGAUUUUCGGAAAUCUUGGAAAUUACCAUGCAAUGAACUGGUUCUUUGUAGGAGGGGCACUAGGGCCAAUCAUAGUUUGGGUCUUUCACAAGGCAUUCCCCAAGAAGACAUGGAUUCCAUUAAUUAACCUGCCCGUGCUUCUUGGAGCUACAGCCUAUAUGCCACCAGCAACAACAGUAAACUACAAUGCCUGGAUCAUAGUCGGAACAAUUUUCAACUACUUCAUUUUCCGUUACAAAAAGCCGUGGUGGCAAAGGUACAAUUACAUUCUUUCAGCUGCAUUGGAUGCUGGGGUUGCCUUCAUGGGGGUUGUUUUGUACUUCUCAUUGGGAGUAGAGAAUAAAAGCUUAGACUGGUGGGGUACAAAUGGUGAACACUGUAGUCUGGCAACAUGUCCAACAGCCAAGGGUAUAGUGGUCGACGGAUGCCCUAUCCGCUAGUUCCUGUAUAUUUACAGAAUCUUCCAUUUAAUUUCUGUUUGAUAGAUUAUCAUGCAUAAGUGCAUGUUUGAGACAAAGCAAGGCUGUGAAUAUUUGUGACAAGAAUCUAGGAAAAAUUUCAAGUGUAAUAUCUACAUUCACAUUUCACAACUCUUUUUUGUGAUUAGCAUCAGAACAGUGUUAAUACAUCUACUGCCUAUUACAGUGACCGGGUGAAAAGUGUCUUAUC